AUGUCUAGCAGACCCAUCGAGCCGAUGCCCACCUCAAACUUUGCACAUGCCGACGAGAACAGCCCAGUGGUCUCUGCUAAUAACGGCGAGACACGCACACGACUCAGACCUCUGGACUCGUCGUUCGUUCGCCUGACUCUGGUUGGCUCCGUCGUCCUCGGCGCGAUCGCGCUGCUCCCAUAUGCCAUCAUGCGCAGACGAUUCCUCGCCCUAGAGCAGCGCCUAGAGCGCACCACGACCGCCAACGCCGCGCUGCAACAUGAUGUGCAGAAGCUGCUCGAACAAGACGCCGUGAGGCGGAGCGAGCGCAAGCAGCUGGGCGGGCUGAUAGCGGAGACGAAGAACAUCAUGGAGGAGGUGCGCAGGGCGGGCGAUAGGCGGGAGUCCGAGCAGCGCAUGCUCAACGACAAGCUCGUCCGAGGCGUGCAGGAGCUGAAGUCACUCGUCGAGAGCACAGAGGCUGCAGCCGAGGAGCGUCACUUGGUGGGGACCAACUUGAAGUUCCGUCAGGAUACAAGCAGCCAGCCAGCCUCAGUACUUCCUUCCGAACAACCACCAGGAAUGCCCUCGUCAGACUCCCGAGAACGCGACGGCACCGAAGCCUUCGUCGCGCUGCUCGCCCUCGGCGUUAUCACUGCUGCGCCCUACCUCCUCGUCCGCCGGCGACUCUCUGCCCUCGACGCCAGCCUCCACCGCAUGAGCUCGAAGAUGACCGCAAAGUCCCGCGAGAUUGUCAAGCUCCGCAAUACGAUCGCUGCGCUGCAAGCGACGCAGAUGGCCAAGGAGGCGGGGAGUGCCGCGCUGCACCGGGAUGUGCAGGCGCUCGCGGCGGCGGUGUCCAUGGUGAAGGGAGAUACGGAGGUCAUAAUCGAUGGGAUGGGGGAGCUGAAGAAGAUAGUGGGUGACCUGCGCAUGAAGGCGGAGAGAGACGAGGACGCACGUCUGAGGAAUGAGGAAGCGGAGGCUAGGAUCCAAAAGGCCCUGGACGAUAUCAGGCAGGUGGUGGCCGCACUGCAGAAGACGACAGAACAGAAAGAACAGCUGCGUAUCGAGCGUGAAGAGGCGCGAUACGAGCAAGUCAUGGGUUUCCUACAGCAGUACCUUCAUGCGCAUAACAGGACUGUUUCAUCUGCAUUCCGCGACGUGGGCAGGUCGAUGGGCGACGUCGCAGCAUUCAUGCACGAAGUCGAGCUGCUGCACGGAUACGUAGCCAGUCCUGGCGACAGGCGCGGCAUCGAACGAAUCCGACAGUUCGCUAAGAAGCUGCAGGAGCUGCCCAAUGCCUUGCCGGGUUGCACGACUGCACAGCUCGCGGAGAACCCGCGCUCGGAUUCGCCACCGCCUAAGGGAAAUGAACCAAGCGAUCUGUUAUCCCAUUAA